UUCCCCCCGGAGCGGCUCUUUUGUACACACAGAGCAGAGACGAGCAGAGGUGUAGCCUCCAUCAUCUCUCCCGAACCUCGUGCGGAGAUGAGGAAAGUUCACAGGAAAGUAGUCUCUUUUCUCUCUCUCUGGUUGCUCUUCGAGCAGGCUCACAGCUACCUCUACGACAACCGCUACGCCGGGGAUAAGGUGGUACGAAUUGUUCCAGAAAAUGAAGAAGCAGUAAAGACUUUGAAGGCCCUUUCUGAGCAAUUUAAGGUGGAUCUGUGGCAACCAGGCAGUAUUUCCUACAUCUCCAAGGGUGCAUUUGUUGAUGUACGUGUAUCAAGGAGUACCUCAAAAAUUCUUCUGCCUUACCUACAGCAAGCAAACAUUCAAUAUACAUUCCUCAUAUCUGAUCUACAGAAAGCAGUUGAAAAGCAAAGUGGUUGGAGACUAUCCAGGAAUCGUAGAUCAUUAUCAGAAUACAGCUAUGAAAUAUAUCAUUCACUGGAAGAAAUUCAGAGAUGGAUGCAUCAUUUGAAUAAAUCUCAUUCAGAUCUUGUUCACAUGUUUUCUGUUGGGAAGUCAUAUGAAGGAAGACCACUUUUUGUGCUAAAGCUAGGCAAAAGAUCACGUGUUUACAAGAAAGCUGUCUGGAUGGACUGUGGAAUCCAUGCACGAGAAUGGAUAGGCCCAGCCUUUUGCCAGUGGUUUGUUAAAGAAGUUCUCCAAACAUAUCAAACUGACCCAGCCAUGAGAAGAAUGCUAAAGCAACUAUAUUUCUACAUCAUGCCUAUUUUUAAUGUGGAUGGAUAUCAGUUUAGCUGGACCCAUGAUCGAUUUUGGAGGAAAACAAGAUCAAACAAUUCAGGGUUCCACUGCCAUGGUGUAGAUGCUAAUCGUAACUGGAAAGUGAAAUGGUGUGAUGAAGGUGCUUCCAUUCAUCCCUGUGAUGACACAUACUGCGGUCCUUUGCCUGAAUCUGAGCCUGAGGUGAAGGCUGUAGCUCAUUUCCUUCGCAAACACCGCAAACAAAUAAAAGCCUACUUGUCCUUCCAUGCAUAUGCCCAAAUGUUAUUGUACCCAUACUCUUACAAGUAUGCAACCAUUCCAAAUUUCAGUUGUGUGGAAUCUGCAGCUUUUAAUGCUGUGAAUGCCCUGCAGUCAGUUUAUGGAAUAAGGUACCGAUAUGGCCCUGCCUCCAGUACUCUGUAUGUAAGUUCUGGCAGUUCUAUGGACUGGGCAUACAAAAAUGGCAUCCCAUACGCGUUUGCAUUUGAGCUGCGUGACACCGGCCAUUUUGGCUUUCUGUUGCCUGAGACCCUAAUCAAGCCGACAUGUACAGAGACCAUGUUAGCUGUGAAAAACAUAACAAUGCAUCUGCUAAAAAAAUGUCAAUAGGACACUUCAGAAUUGUUUGAAACUGUUCAUUUCUCAUUAUGUCAGAUGUUUUAUUAUAGAGGCAAUGUCAAGUCACUGAAUAUUCUUCUGGGGAGUUCAUAGAAAGAAAAUGUGGUUUUCAAUCUGUGUGCUAAAAGAAUGUUUGUAUAUGUUCAGGCUCUGUGUAUCCCAGCAGAUACGAUACAAGUGCAGAAAUCUGAGCAGGGCUUGAAAACUCAUGGGAGAUGCCUAUUGAAAUUGCAGAAACUGAGCUAUGUGGAGAGGGACAAAAAACAGCAGUAUGAGAGUAUAACUUUAAGAUGGGUGUCAAACAUACAACCAUGGGCCCACAAGCCAGCUGAGGCAGCUCUCCCCCUUGCUCUUGAUCUGGCCUGGUCAGCCUGCUGUGUAGUUCUAGUGCCAGCUUAGGCAGCCCCCACCACAGGCCCAGCCAAGUCACAUUUAUGUCAUAUCUGGCCCUUGUAACAAAUGUGUUCAACACCCCUCCUUUUUCUUUAUCCAGAUAUUUUCUCCAGCUCACGGCUAGUAAAAGCAGAAUAAAUUAAACAACUAAAUAUGCAUAUUCAAAUAUGCCCAGUUCAUAUAAUCUACACAGUACACAGAUAUUGGCAUGCCUUGAAGACCAUCUAACAACACAAGUUUUUGUUGUUUGUUUGAAGCCCAGAGUACACACAGCUUUGAAUAAUGUCAGCAAGAUACAUUAAGUAAGAUCUCUUUGGGGAUAAUAAAACUGCACUGUUCCCACGUUUCCAGAACUCGUAUCACUAGCGUCGUAGAAUAACAGUGCAAUCCUAUGGAGGGAAGCCCAUUGUAAGCCCAUUGACUUUAAUUCUGCAUAGGACUGAACUGUAAAGCACCUUUUUAAGGCAGUAAAUUCCUGGUACGCUCAUGUAUAUAAAACCCACAGUAAGAAUAGCAUUUGUCCAUAUAUAUUUUUUCCUGCUUCAAACUGUAGUAGAGCAGAGUAGGGACAUUUCAGUAUUGGGUGUAGAACUGAAUUGUCCCAACAAUGGGCCAUCUACAGAAUGCUCAUUGCAUGAAUUGUAGAUUAUAUUUUCUUGUUACCGGGUUGUAAGGGAAAAACAUUUGUUGUCAUGUUAGGCAAGCUAUUUCUUUUAUGUUGUUUUUUUCUAGAGAAUGACUAUUUCCCUGACUGGUUAAUGUCAUUGUGAAUUUGAUCUGUUCAAUAUAGAGGAUAGAGAGCUUACAGCGCAAGCAAGCUCACAUGGUAAAUAACCUGCCAGUUCUCCAGGCAAUGUGGUAUCCAGGCUCACAUAUUAUGUAAGGAAAAUAAGUAAAUGUCAGAGAUGGUGGCCUGGAAGCAGUCUGGCAAUUUGGCAGAUUCUGAAUGGAUUACAGAGAGUCUAUAGCUGUUCAACCUCAACUCUGACAAGACUAGGGCCCCUUCUGCACAUGGAGAAUAAUGCACUUUCAAUCCACUUUUAAUGCACUUUGAAGAUGGAUUUUACUGUGCGGAAUAGCAAAACCCACUUGCAAACAAUUGUGAAAGUGGAUUGAAAGUACAUUAUUCUGCAUGUGUGGAAGGGGCCCAAGCCAGACCAUUUCUACCAUUCAUAAAAAAAGACCAGAUUAGAUAUUGGAUCUUACUGUGCUAUUCUGAGCAGCUGCAGUUUUUCUCUGAGCUUCCUCAUGACCUCAUUGUACACCUGUUGUCUUUCCUUGUUUUUUCAUCAUUCCUUCAUCCUUUUUAAAAAAUCAAGUGGUUUGAGAAGACAUGAGGAAAUAGGUGGACAGUAAAUGGACAAUGAUGUGCAAGGGAAUUCGGGGGGGGGGGAUGCUGCAAAUUCAGCACCCAAAUAUAGGAAAUCCUUUACAUGGAAGACUACAGGCUAUCUCUGAAGAGUACCAGCACUUCUGGCUGCCCUAGUGAUAUAGGAAACAAGACACCCAGGCCUCUGCCAGAGUCAAUCUACUGUCUUUCAGUGAAAUAAUUCACCCGCCACUUUCCGUGUAUAAUGGUGGGUGUGUGACUGGACCUGCCACACUGUGACAUAUAGAAAACAUCCACAUAUAUGGUUGUCCUCAGUAACAUAAAUGGUAGAAUGCAUAACCCAUGCUUAUUAUGAAUAUCUGUUAAUACACACCUAGAAUGAUCUGUGACUAUAGAAACUAUUGACAAAUAAUUGCUAAAAAAACCCCCAAAAAAUUGUAUGAUAGUCCUUUCUAGUGAACAUUUAAACUUUUUAUGAUAUGGAGUUACAUAGCAUUACAUAGCAUGGAGUUACAUAGUUACAUAACCCACAAAUUGCUUGUAGAUAAAAACUGAUAUUAAAAGGACAGCAUGGGAGAUAACUUUAAAAUCUGGCAACCUUGUACCUAGUGGAAUAGUUGUAAAAUACCCAGAAAGUAUUUAAUAGGUUUAUGAUUAUAAUGGGGAAUAAACAUUUUGUCUGGUUUCAAGAAACUUGCAUAAAAUUUUUAAAUGAUUAGGAAAUGAAAAUACGGAAGCUGAGCUGCACAGGAGUUCUCUAAUGAACAUUGUAUGUGAAAGAAUAAUACCUUAGCCCAGCUGUAGUCAUGCAUAGUUACAUGUGAUGUUGCCAGAAUGUCAAGAGAGAUGCCCAUUGGAAGAAAUCCAGUGCUGAUAGGCAACAUCCACAUUUAGGUGAAAAAAUAAAUGAGAAGCUAAAGCAAAUGUGGUAUAGCUGUUACAGCAUUACACUACCCGUGUUUCCCCAAAAUUAUAUUAGUUUUUGCGUUAGGGCUUUUUUUUCAGGGGAUGUCUUAAUUUUUUUCUAUAAUUUUGCGCCUCCUACAUGACCAGAUCAGCUGUGCUGGGAAAUCUGUAACUAGGGUUUAUUUUUGGAGUAGGCUUAUAUUUCAAGCAUCCUCCAAAAAAAUCAUGCUAGGGCUUAUUUUCAGGGUAGGUCUUAUUUUCGGGGAAACAGCGUAGUACUAGAAACACCCAUUUUAAAUUCAGUACUUUGUCAUGAUGCUGAAUCAUUUGGUCUCACUACUUCAUAGGAUUUGAGGAUCAGAUGAGGAAGAGAAAACUAUGUACGUAUUGGCCUUGAAUUUCUUGUAAGAAAAGCAGGCUAACAAUGUAUCUGUAGGUGGGUAAAUGCUCAUCUGAUUCAUGCCUUUGGUUUUCUGACCCAGUACAUGGUGUUGUUUUCAUACAAGAGUCUACUCUGUAUCACAACGAAACUGCAGAAACUUUGCUUCCUUGACAUUUCCAUUGUGAUGUCAACUGUAACUGGGAGUUUUGUAUUUAAUAGCAAUAGAACUUAUUAAAUAAAACAUCUUUGUUUUGUGAAA